AUGAGCGAAGAGCAGACAUUGCUGUUCAUAGACAUGAUGUUCCGGCAAACUGCUUUGUGGGACCGCUGGGAUGCUAAUUACAAAAAUAUAAGCAAACGACACGACGAUUGGUGCUAUCUGUCGCGACGUAUGGGGCAUACGGUCGACUCGCUAAAGAAGAAGUGGGAAUCGCUCGCGUUAGCAUACCGAAAGUGCAAGUCGGCGUACAAUAAGAGUCUGGUUACUGGUUCUGGAGCUCAUCAAAUUUAUCGCCCGACGUGGUUUGCUUAUGAAGCCAUGAGAUUUUUGGAUACUACCACAUCAUGUGGGCAAACCAUGGAUACCGUUAUGAACACAUUCGCCACUGUUGCCACUACCACGGCGAAUUUAAUUGAACAAUUAAAUCCGUCAGAAGACGAACUGGAUGGUGUGCGCAACACGAUUGCACAAUGGACACCCGAACGUCGUAGACGUAUUUUAAUGCGAUUGCGGCGCAUGGUAACGGAAGAGGAAGAAGAGCGUUUCGAAAAACAUUUCGGUUACCGAGCUUAA